UCUCUGUUAGGUAGACACAGGUUUGGGCAUUAGGCCUUGGAGCUCUCCCCGUCCCAUUCGCCUCCCACCGUCACCUCCUCCCGCAAACCUUCGAUCCGUCCCAUUCCCCUCCCACCGUCGCCUCCGUCUCCUCCUCCUUCCGCGAACCUUCGAUCCGUCCGCGACUAGGGUUCGAAGAGGGAACGAGGAGAGUGAGAGAGACCUAUGGCGAUUCCCGUCGAAGAAGCCAUUGCUGCUCUCUCGACCUUUUCCUUGGAGGAUGAGCAGCCAGAUGUGCAGGGACUAGCUAUUUUGUUAUCUACCGAAAGAUGUGCAACUAAUAGCCCUCUAGAAUUUGGUGACGUCGCUGCUUAUCGACUCUCUCUUGGAGAAGAUACAAAGGCUAUUAAUCAAUUGAAUGCACUGAUCCAUGAAGGAAGGGAGAUGGCAUCUUUGCUUUAUACAUACCGCAGCUGCGUCAAAGCUCUUCCCCAGCUGCCUGAUUCCAUGAAGCACAACCAAGCAGACUUGUAUCUUGAGACUUAUCAGGUUCUUGAUUUGGAGAUGAGUCGGCUUCGUGAAAUUCAGAGAUGGCAAGCAUCAGCUGCUUCCAAAUUGGCAGCCGAUAUGCAGAGGUUUUCUAGGCCUGAAAGACUGAUGAAUGGACCCACAAUAACUCAUUUCUGGUCUAUGUUGAAAUUACUUGAUGUUUUAGUGCAGCUUGAUCAUCUCAAAAACGCAAAAGCUAGCAUUCCCAAUGAUUUCUCAUGGUAUAAGAGAACAUUUACACAAGUGAGUGUUCAGUGGCAGGAUACUGAUUCUAUGAGAGAAGAGUUAGACGAUCUGCAGAUUUUCUUAAGUACAAGAUGGGCUAUUCUAUUGAAUUUGCACGCUGAGAUGUUCCGCACAAAUACUGUAGAAGACAUCUUGCAAGUACUCAUAGUAUUUUGUGUUGAAUCUUUGGAGCUAGACUUUGCACUCUUAUUUCCAGAGCGCCAUAUGCUACUUCGUGUUUUGCCGGUUCUUGUUGUUUUAGCAACCUCAUCUGAAAAAGAGAGUGAGUCACUGUAUAAGAGGGUCAAGUUUAAUCGGCUUAUUAACAUCUUCAAGAGUGAUCCUGUUAUUCCUGCAUUUCCCGAUCUUCAUCUUUCACCAGCUGCUAUAAUGAAGGAACUUUUGAUGUACUUCCAAAGCUUUUCUAGUCAAACUCGUCUUCUCACGCUUCCUGGGCCUCAUGAAAUUCCACCUCGUGAGCUGCAAGAUUAUCAGAGGCAUUAUUUGAUUGUGAACCACAUUGGAACUAUUCGAGCGGAGCAUGAUGACUUCUCAAUUCGUUUUGUUUCAGCCUUGAAUCAGAUUGUUGUACUAAAAUCAACUGAUGGUGCUGAUACUGAGUGGUCUAGAGAAGUCAAAGGAAACAUGUACGACUUGGUUGUUGAAGGUUGUCAGCUUCUCAGCCGAUGGACUGGGCGGAUAUGGGAACAAUGUGCUUGGAAAUUCUCCCGCCCAUGCAAGGAACCUGCUGCUGUAGGUGCACAUCAGAGUUCCACCACCUUUUUUGACUACGAAAAGGUUGUACGUUGGAAUUAUACAGCUGAUGAACGUAAAACAUUGUUAGAGCUUGUUGGUUACAUAAAGAGCAUUGGUUUGAUGAUGGAGCAUUGUGACACAUUAGUUGCUGAUGCUUUAUGGGAAACAAUCCAUGCAGAAGUGCAAGAUUUUGUGCAGGAUAGGCUAGACACCAUGUUGCGGACAACAUUUCGGAAAAAGAAAGACUUAUCUAGGCUUCUUUCUGAUAUGCGUACCCUAUCAGCAGAUUGGAUGGCAAAUACAAGCAAAGCUGAGCCUGAAUUGCAUUCAUCGCAUCAAGAAAAUGAGGAAACCAAGCAAAAUGCAUUUUAUCCAAGGCCAGUUGCUCCCACUGCUGCUCAGGUACAUUGCCUGCAAUUUUUGAUUUGUGAGCUCGUUUCUGGUGGCAAUUUAAGAAAACCUGGAGGUUUAUUUGGGAAUAGUGGCUCAGGAAUCUCAGUUGAAGAUCUUAAACAGUUGGAGACAUUCUUCUAUAAACUUAGGUUUUUCCUACAUAUUAUUGAUUACAAAGCAACUAUUUGUACAUUGACAGACCUUGGGUUCCUGUGGUUUAGAGAAUUUUAUUUGGAAUCUUCUCGUGUGAUCCAGUUUCCAAUUGAUUGCUCCCUUCCUUGGAUGCUCGUGGAUCAUGUGAUCGAGUCGCAAGAUGCUGGACUUUUUGAAAGCAUUCUAAUGCCAUUUGAUAUCUAUAACGAUUCUGCUCAACAUGCACUAACAGUGCUGAAGCAGCGAUUUCUUUAUGAUGAAAUUGAAGCUGAGGUUGAUCUUUGUUUCGAUCAGCUUGUCAACAAGCUCCAUGAGAUUAUAUUUUCGCAUUACAAAAGCUUUGCUGCAAGUGUAUUACUUGAUCAAUCCUUCCUUUCUGCAUGUGAUGAUGCUUACAAUUGUUCGACUAAACCUAUGAGAUUCAACAAGAUUUUCAAGUUGAGGAGAAUAAAGGUUUUGGGUAGGACUAUAAAUCUGAGAAGUCUAAUCACUCAAAGAAUGAAUAGAUUGUUUCGAGAGAACAUAGAUUUUCUCUUUGAUCAUUUUGAGAGCCAGGAUAUUUGUGCUGUUGUGGAAUUGCAGAAGCUCUUGGAUGUCUUAAAGCUGACACAUCAAUUUCUCUGCCAAGAUCUUGAACUAGAUUCCUUUACUAUGAUGCUGAAUGAGAUUCAAGAAAACCUUUCUCUUGUUUCCUUCUCUAGCCGUCUCUCUUCACAGAUUUGGGCUGAGAUGCAGAAUGAUUUCUUGCCCAACUUUAUUCUUUGUAACACUACCCAACGCUUCAUUCGUUCUGCAAAAGGACCAUGCCAACCUUAUGAAAAGGAAACUGUUCCAAGUGGAAAACCAUACUUAUAUUGCGGCUCUCAGGAUUUGAACAUGGCCUACCAAAGUUUGGCAUCAUUAUAUUCUGAGUUCUUUGGGAUUCCUCAUAUGUUUGCUAUUGCCCAACUUCUAGGGCCAAGAUCAGUACCUUGGAUUGUUAGAGCUCUGUUGGAUCAUAUAUCAAGUAAGAUAACGACAAUUGUACCAAGAAUAACAGGAUUGCAAGAAGCAUUGCCAAAGUCUAUUGGGCUACUUUCAUUUGAUGGUGGUGUAGCAGGCUGCCAAAAGUUUAUACAUGAGCAAUUAACAUGGGGUGCAAAGUCAGAACUUAAAAUUGAAGUUCUUCAUGGCCUGAAAGAAAUAGGAAGUGCAUUGUAUUGGUUGAGCCUUCUUGAUACUGUAUUGAGACAGAACGAUACUACCCAGUUCAUGCAGACAGCCACAUGGUUGGGGCUUCUUCCUGCGGCUAAUGGCCAAGUGAAGCAAUUUGACACGGGUGUUAGCCCCAUUGUCAAUUUAUUUAAAGGCAUAACAUCUUCAAUAAUGGAAAACCCUUCAUGCCUUAAUCCAUCGUCUUUUCUGAUCAUGUCAAAGCAAGCGGAAGCUGCUGAUCUCCUGUACAAAUCGAAAUUGAGCACCGGAAGUGUGUUAGAAUACACACUUGCUUUCAUAAGUGCAGCACUGGAUAGACACUACAGUAAAUGGAGCGCAACUCCAAAGACAGGGUUCAUUGACAUAACAACAACUAAAGAUUUUUACCGCAUUUUUAGUGGCCUUCAGUUUGAAUAUUUGGAGGAAACAACUCUUGAUGCAUCAAGGAGACAUGAAUUUUUAGGCGACUCUGUUGCUUGGGCCGGUUGCACCAUUAUCUACUUACUUGGACAACAGCAGCACUUUGAGCUUUUUGAUUAUUCUUACCAGUUUCUAAAUGUUGCUGAAGUAGAAAGCUCCACUUUCGUACAACCUCCAUCUUCUGAUCAAGCCAAGAUUAAUAACUACUCGCAGAAGGGAUAUGAGAACCUAUUGGAAGCUAUGAAGAAAUCAAGAAGGUUGAACAAUCAUGUGUUUUGCAUAUUGCGAGCACGUUGCCCCCUUGAGGACAAGGCUGCAUGCGCAAUCAAGCAAAGUGGUGCCCCUUUGCAUCGGGUGAAAUUCUUGAAUACUGUCUCUGCAUUCGAGACUCUGCCACAGAAAGGCACCUAACUCUCCUUUUGUUAUGUAAGUUUGUUCUCUCUUUUAACCUUUUUGAUGUUUAUAUAUCCAUGGUUAAGUAGCUUGGAUCUCUAUAAUAGUGCUAUUAUCACAACCUGAGGGUUACAUGCAUGGUGCUUUGGUACUAGAAAAAGGUUUGUCUUCCUAUGUGAAUUACUGGUAAUUUAGAUUGUAUCAGUCCAACGUUCUGGUUAGAGCUUCUUGUUUAUUUA